AUGGCUUUCGACAGCUCGCGCGGUGACGAGGCCCUUCAGCUGCCGGCGGCACAAUUCAGGGAGCUCCGCAGCUAUCUCGAGCUGGAGUUCGCUAAGCAGCACGACCUUCUCAACGUCACACGCGCUGCAGAAAAAGGGCCAUGGGGCGGGAUAGGCAUGUUUGGCAGGGAGUUUGAUGCAAGAAGAAUCUACGGACGGAAGGGUCCACCGGCCUCAUGGGUCCUGAUCCCUUUCGCCGAGGAGCUGAUUCAUCGGGGCUCACUGGCGGUUGGGCCGCUGCCCAGCGAGGCCGAGAAGGGUCCCCAGGAGUUUCGUGGCAGGGCCCUGGGCUUCCUUAAUCUGCUGCGGGCACCUCGUGAGUUCCUGCACAGGCCUUCGUCGUUCGUCUUGCAAGAGUAG